UGAUUGCGAGGUAUAGCAUAACUUCCUUGGGCAAGGAACUUACACUCAAUUGCCUCUCUUGACUCAGGAGCUUAAAUGAGUACUCGUUCAUCGACUGGGGAUGGACAAGAUCUCUGGCUUGGCAAAAUAAUAUUCUGCAUCAGACGAGUACAUGUGGUCCUUGGCAUCUAGUCGCAGAACUCCGUCAUAGCCGGUGCCCAGGAUGCUCUGGCCAAGCUCCAGGUGGAUCGUCAGUGCUUACCCAGAGAGUCAUGGUAGCACACAGAGGCCUUGUUAGGGAUGGGGAGGUGUCGCUGGGUGACGGGCUUAAUAUCUGUCCAUUUUGUCUAAUGUUAUGAUUUGUGUUUAGAUUGCUGUUGUUGGUGAUGUGGCUGCUCUCAAUCCUGUUUGUCUACAUCAAUAUGCCAUCGGUCCUAUUGUUGCUUCCAAGGAUUUCAAGUGGCAUGUCAAGUCAGAGAGAAAUGAUGGCACGGUAACAAAAAAAGAAGCAGAAACGGCAAUCGAUCAUUACUCGAGAGAUCACAAGAUUGCUGUUCAACUCAACCCAGAUAAAGUUCUGGCUAUCAACACAUCUCUUGGUAUCUGCUUCAAAGUGGAAGGCAGAGACGACACGUACAUGUUUCCAGCUCUCUUGCCUUCUAAGGAUCUGUCUGUCAUGUGGAAGAAAGAUGAGAGUAAGAAAGUGUAUGUCGGUCGACGUCAAGUGUGCAGAAGUCAGACGACCAUCUUCAGUCCAUCUACAUUCUGUAUGUUUCAAUCUAAAGUUUGCAUUACUUUGGAUCAAAAGGCAAGGCUGUGGAGGGAUGGACUGAUCUUAUCACAAUGCAGUACAGUUCAUAAUCUCAUUGAGUGUUUGGUGGCCAUGAUAGAUCCUGUUCGUUCUGUCGACUUCGUGUGUCGAGGAGGCAAGCAAACAGAAGCAGAAUGUGUUUCACUGCUGGACACUGUCAUGUCUCUUUGGAGAGAUAUGUUAGACAGCUACAGUCCGUACACUAAAUAUCAGACUGAAUAUCUGAGCAGAAAGCAUUUGGAGGAACACAAAGAACUAAAACAAGUCGUUACCUACUCUCAGAAGGAGAUCGACGAAGCAGAAGCAAAGGAAGAAGGAGCACAUGCUGCUGUCAAACAAGUAGUUGGUGAUGAGCUGAUGGUAGAAAGUCUUGUUGACUUACUGGUCGUAUCCAGCAGACCAGUGACUGGACAGUGCAAUGUGACGUUGACGGCCGAUAUGAAAAUAAAUGUUUUAAGGCAAUUGAGACUAGAAGAAGCUUCUCACUUGAGAUUUACAUUUCAACAAGGAAACAUGCCUGAUUUCAAAUCUAUAAGAGAUGCUGUUGUUAAACACUGCAGUAGUCGGUGGUACGAGAUUGGGCUGACCAUAUUGGGACUCAACGGUGAUGAGAUCGAAAGACAAACACAUAAUAAACCGCAUUCUACUGGCAAAUUGCUUGCUCUCAUUGAAGCACGAAGGACUAAAGAUGGAGGAAGCAAGACGGCAGAGGACUUGUUGAGGAUGUGUUAUGAGAUAUCUACACCAGUAUGUGAAGAAAUGAAAGUUGAAUUUAAGAGCAAAACGUCGUCAUCCUAGCAGAGUACCUACAGGAGGCUAUGUGAGAGGCAACUGUCGUCGUAUGUCUGAUCUCUAGAAACAAUUUAUUGUAUUGAUUCAAUCAUUCUAUUGAACACUUUAGAGUAUUAUUACACAUUUUGUCAAUUGUACGAGAUUGAUCAGUUGAACGAUUGUUUGUCUCCCCUCAGCAAAUUGUAACAAGUAGAUAAUAGACGUGGUUAUGCUCAAGUUGUAUCAACUUACCAUCAGGACAGACUGACAAAUGAAUGAUAAUUUGAGUUCAUACUUUCUAUUGUCUUAAUUAAAGGAGGUUCAUAAAACAAACAGGUUUGGAACAAUACAGAGAUUUGCAG